AUGGAUCUCCAAAACGUCAGGUUGCUGCUCAUGCUCUUGCCAAGAGUGCCACUCAUCGCGCGCAUGACAAUACUGCAUCUGCUGCACCUCUCCGAAUCGUCAAAGUACCUGGACCUGAGAUCGACUCUUACAAUAGGCGUGCUCAGAAGUUUCCUGACGCCAACGCCAGGGAAAUCUCGGAGCAUCUCUGCUGUUCAGAAACUGACACUACGAGAUCCGGGUGUCAAGGGGCGGAUAUGGGUCGCCACGUACACGGCACCUGAGCCGGUCGGGUCCAACGUCAAAGACAUACUUCACAGGGCUGUGAAGGACUUGAGAGACCCUGGUCUUGGCGCGUUCGAAUUUGACAUGCCAGAGCUCAAACCCGUCGAGGCAGAAUGGACAGGCUAUCGGAAAGAUGCUUCGGCAGACGAAGCACCACCUGAUGUACCAGAGCAAGCCAAGUACCAGAAAAUGAUGGAGGAGGUCACCAGUCCCACGACCAUAUUGUACCUCCACGGAGGGGCGUACUACCUCUGCGACCCGGCCACGCACCGUGCGACCAGCAAGAAACUCGCCAAAAUCACGGGAGGCAGAAGCUACUCCGUCCGCUACCGACUUGCGCCGCAGGCCCCAUUCCCAUCUGCUCUUCUCGACGCCCUUGUGUCCUAUCUGACCCUUCUCUAUCCGCCCGAGGGAGCGUGGCACGAUCCUGUGCGGCCAGAGAACAUAGCUAUGGCAGGCGACAGCGCAGGAGGAAAUCUCAUUCUCGCCCUACUGCAGCUCGUCCUCCACCUGCAACGAACGAGCCAGAAGGUUCUCUGGCAGGGGGAAGAACGCGAUGUCCCUGUGCCCAGCUGCGUGGCCUGCAACUCGCCAUGGCUAGACAUUACACAAUCGUCUCCCUCGUGGGAAGGCACCACGCCCGCACCGUGGGAUUAUCUACCGAAACCAGAGCAAGUGGCCUCGUCAGAGAUAGAGCCUUGUUCUAUAUGGCCUGCCACACCCGAGCGGAAGCAUCUUUAUGUCGCGGACGAUCUGAUCACCCACCCACUUGCAUCCGUGGUGGUGAACAGCAGCUGGAAGGGUGCUCCGCCUGUGUACAUGUGCACAGGCUGGGAGAUACUCGCCUUGGAGGACAAGUAUUUUGCCAAGAAGCUUGAGAGCGAGGGAGUCACGGUUGUCUUUGAGGAGUACGAGGCCAUGCCGCAUUGUUUCGCCAUGAUUUUGGACAAGACUGCGAAUGCUGCGCGGUGUUUCGAAGGAUGGGGUAGGUUCAUUCGUACGUGCACAACAGGAGGCACGGUAGAGUCGAGCGCUGUCGAAAUCAAGGCGAAGACUCGGGAUGAGAAGGUGUUGGCAUUUGACAAGCUGAGCAGCGUCAAGGACGAGGACAUGGUAGAGCGUGUGCAGAAGAAGGGCGAGCUCCUAGCCAAGCUUUGA